AGUUGGGUUGCCUACCUCGACGGCGUUUUGAUAAAGUGCAGUGCGUGCUGCCUUCAUUUGUCUUGCUGGCGGCGGAGGCUGCGAUCAACAUUCAUUCAUUCUUUUUGGUCCUUCAUUCGAGUCAGGAUUUGACUUGAUACAUUUGCGUGCUUAAAAAUGGUGGUGAGGGAGUACAAUGAUGAGCUUAAAUUCCUCGAGAGAAUUGAUGACAACUCAUGGAGGAUUAAGAAAGGAUUUCAGCCGAAUAUGAAUGUGGAGGGAGUCUUUUAUGUGAAUUCGGCUCUCGAAAAACUUAUGUUUGAUGAGCUUCGCAAUGCUUGUCGACCUGGUAUGGUGGGUGGCUUUCUUCCGGGAAUGAAACAAAUUGCAAAUGUUGCUGCCCUACCUGGUAUUGUGCAUCGUUCAAUUGGUUUGCCCGAUGUUCAUUCCGGGUAUGGAUUUGCAAUUGGUAAUAUGGCAGCAUUUGACAUGAAUGAUCCCUUGUCAAUUGUAUCGCCUGGUGGAGUGGGCUUUGACAUAAACUGCGGAGUUCGUCUUUUGAGGACAAAUUUGUUUGAAAAGGACGUCCAACCGGUGAAGGAACAACUUGCUCAGAGUAUGUUUGACCACAUUCCCGUUGGCGUUGGCUCAAAAGGAAUUAUACCCAUGACUGCAACAAAUCUUGAGGAAGCGUUAGAAAUGGGGAUGGACUGGUCACUCCGAGAGGGCUAUAUUUGGGCUGAGGACAAGGAACACUGUGAGGAGUAUGGACGAAUGUUAAAUGCUGACCCAUCUAAAGUUAGUCUUAGGGCAAAGAAGAGAGGUUUGCCUCAGCUUGGCACUCUUGGGGCAGGUAACCACUACGCUGAAAUUCAAGUUGUAGAUGAAAUUUAUGACAAGUGGGCAGCAAGUAAAAUGGGUAUUGAAGACAAAGGACAAGUAUGUGUGAUGAUUCAUUCAGGAAGCCGUGGUUUUGGACAUCAAGUCGCAACAGAUGCCUUAGUACAGAUGGAAAAAGCCAUGAAGAGGGACCAAAUCAACACAAAUGACCGCCAGUUGGCUUGUGCUCGCAUCAACUCGCCCGAAGGUCAAGAUUAUUUAAAGGCCAUGGCUGCUGCAGCCAAUUUUGCUUGGGUCAAUAGAAGCUCAAUGACCUUCCUCUCCAGACAGGCAUUUGCCAAGCAAUUUCACAUGACACCGGAUGAUUUGGAUAUGCAUGUCAUUUAUGAUGUAUCUCAUAAUAUCGCUAAGGUAGAAGAACACAUAGUAGAUGGCAAACAAAAAACAUUGCUAGUGCAUAGAAAGGGGUCUACUCGGGCAUUCCCUCCCCACCAUCCCUUAAUACCAGUAGAUUACCAAUUAACUGGCCAACCUGUGCUGAUUGGUGGAACAAUGGGAACCUGCAGCUAUGUACUCACUGGUACUGAGCGAGGCAUGCAAGAAACCUUUGGAUCCACUUGUCAUGGAGCGGGACGUGCAUUGUCUAGAGCCAAAUCAAGACGCAAUUUGGACUACACAGAUGUAUUGAAAAAAUUGGAACAGCAGGGAAUCUCAAUUAGAGUUGCAUCAUUGAAGCUGGUGAUGGAGGAGGCUCCAGAGUCUUACAAAAAUGUGACUGAUGUUGUAGAUACGUGCCAUGCUGCAGGUAUUAGUAAGAAGUGCAUCAAACUUCGUCCAAUUGCUGUGAUUAAAGGCUAA